GCCGCCCCUGCCCGCGGCGCCUCCCCUCCGCGCGCGCAUAUAACCCGCCUGGGCCGCCCGUGCCCGCCGUGCACCCACUGCCGGGCCGGCUCCGGCGUCGAUGCCCCCGGGCUCCGACUGCACCAGAGCCAGCUGCCCUCCGGGCCGGGUGCGGGGAAGAUGUCCCAGCCCACCGCCGCCGCCGAUGAGGGGGCCACGUUCGAGCACCUGUGGAGAUCCCUGGAACCAGACAGCACCUACUUUGACCUUCCCCAGCCAAGCCAGGGAAAUAACGCGGUGGUGAGCGGCUCAGGGGCCAGCAUGGAUGUCUUGCACUUGCAGGGCAUGACCACGCCCGUCAUGCCCCAGUUCAAUCUGCUGAACAGCACCAUGGACCAGAUGAGCAGCCGAGCGGCCUCGGCCAGCCCCUACACCCCGGAGCACGCCGCCAGCGUGCCCACCCACUCGCCCUACGCGCAGCCCAGCUCCACCUUCGACACCAUGUCGCCCGCACCGGCCAUCCCCUCCAACGCCGACUACCCCGGCCCCCACCACUUCGAUGUUACCUUCCAGCAGUCGAGCACGGCCAAGUCGGCCACCUGGACGUACUCCCCGCUGCUGAAGAAGCUUUACUGCCAAAUCGCCAAGACGUGCCCCAUCCAGAUCAAGGUGUCCACCCCGCCGCCCCCGGGCACCGUCAUCCGGGCCAUGCCCGUCUACAAGAAGGCAGAGCACGUGACUGAGGUGGUGAAGCGCUGCCCCAACCAUGAGCUCGGGCGAGACUUCAAUGAAGGACAGUCUGCUCCGGCCAGCCACCUCAUCCGCGUGGAGGGCAACAAUCUCUCACAGUACGUGGACGACCCUGUCACAGGCAGGCAGAGUGUCAUGGUUCCCUACGAGCCCCCGCAGGUGGGGACAGAAUUUACCACCAUCCUGUACAACUUCAUGUGCAACAGCAGUUGUGUGGGGGGCAUGAACCGGAGGCCCAUCCUCAUCAUCAUCACCCUGGAGACCCGGGACGGACAGGUGCUGGGCCGCAGGUCCUUCGAGGGCCGCAUCUGCGCCUGUCCCGGCCGAGACCGCAAGGCUGACGAGGACCACUACCGCGAGCAGCAGGCCCUGAGCGAGAGUGCGGCCAAGAACGGGGCUGGCAGCAAGCGCGCCUUCAAACAGAGCCCCCCAGCCGUCCCCGCCCUGGGCACCAACGUGAAGAAGAGGAGACACGGGGACGAGGAUGUGUACUACAUGCACGUGCGGGGCCGAGAGAACUUUGAGAUCCUGAUGAAGGUCAAGGAGAGCCUGGAGCUGAUGGAACUGGUGCCACAGCAGCUCGUGGACGCCUACCGGCAGCAGCAGCAGCAGCUUCAGAGGCCGAGCCACCUGCAGCCGGCGUCCUACGGGCCCGUCCUCUCGCCCAUGAACAAAGCGCACGGGGGUGUCAACAAACUGCCGUCCGUCAACCAGCUGGUGGGCCAGCCUCCCCCGCACGGCUCGGCGGCCGGGCCCAACCUGGGGCCCGUGGGCCCCGGGAUCCUCAACAACCACAGCCACGCCCUGCCAGCCAACGGCGAGAUGAACAGCGGCCACGGCGCCCAGUCCAUGGUCUCGGGGUCCCACUGCACCCCACCCCCCUACCACGCCGACCCCAGCCUGGUCAGUUUUUUAACAGGAUUGGGGUGUCCAAACUGCAUCGAGUAUUUCACCUCCCAAGGCUUACAGAACAUUUACCACCUGCAGAAUCUGACCAUAGAGGACCUCGGGGCCCUGAAGAUCCCGGACCAGUACCGGAUGACCAUCUGGAGGGGCCUGCAGGACCUGAAGCAGAGCCACGACUACGGCGCCCAGCAGCUGAUCCGCUCCAGCAGCAACGCGUCCGCCAUCGCCGUGGGCAGCUCCGGGGAGCUGCAGCGGCAGCGGGUCAUGGAGGCCGUGCACUUCCGCGUGCGCCACACCAUCACCAUCCCCAACCGCGGGGGCCCGGGGCCCGACGAGUGGGCGGACUUCGGCUUCGACCUCCCGGACUGCAAGUCCCGGAAACAGUCCAUCAAAGAGGAGUUCACGGAGAGCGAGAUCAACUGAGGGGCCGGGAGGGCGCGGCGGGGUCCCCGGGCAGCCUCGCGGGGUCCCCUCUUCCUCGUUUUCACAAACUGCCUCGGGAGGCAGGACCAGCAGGCUGUGCCGGGGGAGGGGGAGAGGCGAGGUCCACCCCGCGGCUCCCGGACAGCGGCUGGCGCGUCUGGACGCGAUCUGGGGGGGGGGGGAGGGUCGGCCCCCCGGAGCCAGCGCCUUCCCCACCUGCCCCGUCCGUGCGUCCUCCUCUGGGCUCUGCGGCUCCCAAGCGAGAUGCUCCGGGGACACAAGGAUCGCCUCCGCUGACGGACUGACAAAAAGUAUUUUUCGAUGUCUUUUGUUUCCUGGCAACGAGCGGCCCCGUGAUUGUGACCUAAAACACGUUUAUUUGGGGGUCAGCGCUCCAGACCCUGUCUCUGCCGAGGCGGGGUCCCUCUGCUGGACUUGAGGGUCCGUCUACCCCUCACACUUCAAACCUACUGCUACCUUCCACUUCCCGCCCCAAAACGAGAACCGGAAUUUCCCCGGACUUGGAGCCGACUGGGGAGGAGGGUGUCUCUCCUUGGAGGCAAGGAAACUUCUGGUCAGUUGCCACCAGCCAACACCCGAGCCAACACCACCGGCCACGGCCAGAGCUCUCCAGUGAGCUGCUCCGCACAGACACGGACAGCAUGCUCCUUAGACUACUGGAAAUUGUCAAUAUUUGAUAAAAAGAUACCCUUUGUACUUGGUGGGUCAGCUUUUUUUUUUUUUUCUUUCAUUCCUAACAUUCCCUUCAGGGUUCAACCUGGCGGGCAUUCCUGGCAUCCCCGGGUCUGUCUAAACAAGCAGGACUAAGAAAGCAGAGGGCAAGCCAGGCAGGGGCCGGCGGCUGGAUAGGAAUAUGGAAGAACGGGGCAGGUCCGGCCACUGUUUGGCUGGGAGGCUCUCCACUUGGGACACUUCCAGUCUGGUGGCUACUGUGGCUAGUUGGGGGUAGGGCUGUGGGUUGCCUUUCUCGGGGAGAGCCCCUCCAGCGGGGAGGGAGAAGUUGGCAGGAAGGUGCACCUGUUGGGGGCUUGGAGGGAGGCGGGGGCAGGGAUGUGGCCGGUUUCAUUUGUAAGGAACCUCCUGAGCCUUUGUGGCCAGAACCCUGGCAGACCCAGCGCACUGCCCAGGGCAGGAGACAGGACAGGAGAGACGUGGGCGAUGGGUAAUGAGGCCAACACCCCCGGUGGGAUAAAGGGAAGCCCGCCUGAUGUGUGAGCCGAGACAAGCCUUGGGUGCGGCCACACGGCACUUCCCAAGCACAGCCGGGGGAAGCCUCCAGGCCAGGGGAGGGUGUAGACGCAGCCCUAAUCGUCCUUUGGGUCUGUUCUCUUUGCCAUAAACCACCCAGAAGAUGCCUCCCUCCCGGGGAAGGCAGGACGGACUCUCUUCAGGCUGCGUGUUCAGAGGUGUCCCCUGGGAGCGGGAGCACCGUCCCCCUCCAUGCUGAGCCCAGACCGCGUUAACACGCCAGCUUCUUUCUUAGCUGUCCCCACUGGGAAGACGGCGGCCGGUGUUCCUUGUUUCACAGUGUUUCUCAGAGACUGGCCAGCAGGGGGAGGGAGCCCCACAGGCUCUGAGCCCAUCCCGACUCCCUGAAGGAGCCCGGAGCCAGCUCCGUCCCAAGCUCGCUCUCCGGCCGUCUCCAGACAAGACUUCAUCUUGGAAAGUCACGCCUGUACAUGUCUACGGUCUACACUUACGUGAAAGCGCGGUGUGUGCACACAGGAGUGCCUGCGUCUGGGGUAACGCGGCCAUCCUCCCCCUCCACUGAGCACUCUCUGGGGAACCACCUUCCGGGGUGUCAGAGCCCCCCCUCGGGCCCUAACCUCCUGCCAGGGCUCCGGGGCCAUGGGACCAGCUCAUUCCAACAGGCAGCAGGCUCUGCUCACCAGAAGGGGUGUCUGUGCCCACAGGGACCUGCAGUCCCCCCAGGGUACACCCCUACUGCACUCACAGGAGACGUGGACUCGGGACUACGGCGGGUGCGUGUGGCUGCCCCUGCCCCCCAUCCCCCGUUUCCUCACACCCCCUUCCCCUGAGGCUGGGGAAGGAAGUACACUGCGCGUGCCAUUUCACAGAUGAGGAAACUGAGGCUAAGUCUGGGGUCUCAGGCAUCACAGCUGGGCUGGAGUCUGGCACUUGCUCCAGUGGCCAUAUGCCUGAGCCCCCCCACCGUGUGCCCCCUUGUCCCACCUCAGGAGUUGGGGACCCGUCCCUCAACUCGCUGGGGUCCAUGAACCUGGGCGCAGGCCCAGGCGUCCCGUGGCUCUGUCUGCUCCUGGAGGCCAGAGUCCGGUAAAGGAAUGCCACAGCCCACCCCCCACCCCAACCUGUGUGCCCCAGAGAGGGUCAGCGCGGGGCAGGAGGGGCCCCAGCUGCACCGGUGCUCGCCAGACCCCACACACGGUCCUGGAGCCUUUCUCCCACUGUGCUGGGGGAGGGGCACCUUGGGAGAGCAAAGCCAAGAACUCACGGCAUGGAGGAGAAGCUGUGUGUGCUUAGAGGAAAACGCAGAUCGAUCGAUGGGAGUCACCAUCCCUGGGUUCCAAACUCUGGUUCUACAAAACUCAAAGCUUCAGAGAAAAUAAACCUUUAAGGUGUGAAGAGGUGGGAGGGACGCUCUCUCUCGCAGGGGAGCAUUCUGGAGAGUGGGGUGGACCUCUCUUCAACACCGACACCAGCCACUCUGGGGCGAGAAAGCGCGCCGUUCCCCCCCCCCCCCCCCCGCCUGCCCCAGGGCCCCAGUGUACGACCACCAGGGACAGGCCAGGGUGUCAGGUCAGUCGCAGACUGCCGCGUCUCUCUCCCAUAGGCUAAAGCACUUUAGCGCUUUAAGGCUAAAACAAAAACA